ACUGAAACAAAAAAAGAUAAAAAAAACCAGAUGCAAAAUGACACACAACACAACACUUGACAAUCAUUUGCUACCAGUUUUGAUUCGAAUUGGCGUUGUUGUUGUUUGUACUCCAAUAUGUGAGUUUUGAAGGUGAAAUUUUCAACAAUGUUUGGUGCUGUUCAAUUGGGUCUAUUUGCAGCAUGUGUUGUAUUGUUUGUUCCAAUGGGUAUGGCUGGUUGGCACUUGAGCCGUAACAAAGUUUUGUUCUUCAGUGGUGCACUUUUCAUUACUCUUGCAGUUGGUGUUCAUCUUACACCUUAUUUUCCUUCUGUUUCUGAUUUUAUGAGUUCUGUUAAAUCAUCAAAUGAUGAUGUUGUGUUUGUGGAAGAUCGUGGUUUAUGUGUUUCUUUGCUUCAUGAGAUUGCUUGGGAGGUUAUGCCAAGUAAGGUUUUUGAUCCUUUGUUGAGAAAUAAUUCAUUGAAUUAUGAUAAGUUUUGGUCUUGGAGUAGAUUGAAUUCUGUUAGUGAAUGUGAGUUUCAGAGGCUUAAAAGGAAGGAUGUUAUGGAUUUGCUUAAUGGGUCUUGGGUUAUGAUUGUAGGGGAUUCACAAGCUAGGAUAUUUACACUUUCUUUGUUGAGUUUGGUUUUGGAUUCGGAGCGGGUUGAAUCGGUUAGGAGUUUUUUGUUUAAGAGGCAUAGUGAUUAUCAUAUUGAUAUUGAUGAGAUGGGUUUGAAAUUGGAUUUUAUUUGGGCACCUUAUCCUAACAAUUUGACAGAUUUGGUUAUGAGGUUUAAGAAGAAACAUUUGUAUCCGGAUGUUUUGGUGAUGGGUUCUGGUUUGUGGCACAUGCUUCAUAUUACAAAUGCUUCUGAUUAUGGUGGCUUGUUGGGGUUGUUAAGGAAUUCUGUGACAUCAAUGUUGCCUGUUUCGCCGAAAUUUGGGAAUGAUGAACCUGCAAUGGGUUCUGUUUCAUCGGUUAGAUCACCGCAUUUGUUUUGGCUAGGUAUGCCGACUUUGAUAAACUCUAUGUUGAAUACACAGGAGAAGAGAGUGAAGAUGAAUGAUGUAAUGCAAGGUGAGUAUGAGAGAGAGGUUCGAAAAAGUGGUAUUUUGAGGGAGUUUGGUGGUCCAUUUCAACUACUCGAUAUAGGAUCAUUGAGUUUGAAUUGUGGAAUCAAAUGUACAGAUGAUGGAAUGCAUUAUGACGGUGCUGUUUAUGAAGCCGAACUUCAUAUUAUGUUCAAUGCAUUGCUUAUAGAAUCUCAUCAGAAGCUCUGAAGUAUACUAUGUUAGAGUUUAGAAACAGAAAUUUCUGUGGUUGCACCGUGUGUUAAACCAGAAGCUACGCCUUAGAGGGUUGGCUGGCCGCACGGUGAGAUGUCAACAAAUGCAGAAGCAAACAUCUGCUAUGGUGUGGGAUACAUACACGGUAGGAUACGCGUAACGAUUUUGAUUACUAGAAGUUGAGUUCUUUUUCCAUCAUAGCUUGCAAAGUUUUGCUAGGUUGGUUCAGGGUCUUUCAUUCAAUUAGUUUUAGAGUGAUUGUUAUAGCAAAUCACAUUUCAAAUUCUUUUGUUUUUCCUUCUAUUAUAUUGUUCCACUGUAUGCUAACAGCUCAUGUAUUAGUUACAAAAGUUGGAAACUAAAAUUUCUGUACAAACAGUUGAUAACACAAUUUAAUUGGGAUUCAUUUCUAA